CCAAAGAAGCGGAAGCCAAAAGUGAAGAAAGUGCAGUCGUGUAGCAUUUAGUAGUCGUCUCGAACGCGUUGAAAAGUUCCUUUGCAGGUCGCCAUCGAUAAAAACCACAAGAGGUUCAUGUUGGACAUGGAGUCGUCGGCAGUGGAGCUCGACGGCAGCGUCAUGGAGGGCGGCGGCCAAAUCGUGCGAGUGGCGGCGGCGCUGAGCUGCAUCAGCGGCUCGCCCGUCACGAUGUGCAAAGUGCGAGCGGGCAGGAGCAGUCCAGGACUCAGGCCUCAGCACCUGAGCGGCCUUCAGCUGGUUUCCGACAUGUGUGCCGGCGUCCUGCAGGGCGGCGCUGUCGGCUCCACCGACGUCAGCCUGACUCCGGGAAAGAUUCGAGCUGGAAACUACACAGCAGACACGCACACAGCAGGGAGUGUGUGUCUGUUACUGCAGGUGGCGCUGCCGUGUGCGCUCUACGCAGAUGACGUCUCAAACUUGAGCCUCAGAGGAGGAACCAACGCGGAAAUGGCGCCACAAAUAGACUACACUGUCAACGUCUUCAAACCCAUCGUGAAAAAGUUUGGAGUCCAUUUUGACUGUGAUAUCAAAAUGAGAGGUUUUUACCCAAAGGGUGGCGGCGAGGUGUGUGCGGCGGUGCACGCGGCCAAAGAGUUGCAGGCGGUCACCAUGUUGGAGAGAGGCAACAUCUCAAAGAUUCACGGAAGAGCGUACGUGGCCGGGGUUCUGCCUUUCAAGCUGGCUAAGGACAUGUCGGCGGCCGCCGUGCGAACCAUCCGCAGAGAAAUCAAGGAUCUGUACAUCAACAUCCAAGCGGUGCAGGAAAAGGAGAAAGCGUGCGGCAAUGGAAACGGAAUCAUAAUCAUCGCAGAGUCGUCCACAGGAUGUUUGUUUGCGGGCUCUGCUCUGGGCAAGAGAGGCGUGUACGCUGACAAAAUUGGCAUCGAAGCGGCAGAGAUGCUGCUAAGAAACAUUCGUCACAACGGCUGCGUGGAUGAAUUCCUCCAGGACCAGCUGAUCGUCUUCAUGGCCCUAGCGAAGGGGACGUCGCGGAUCCGAACGGGGGCCGUCACCCUCCACACGCAGACCGCCAUCCACGUAGCCCAGCAGAUGACUCAGGCAAAGUUCACGAUAACAAAAUGUGAGGACGAGCUCAACGUCACCUACAUCGUCGAAUGUCAGGGGUCAGGGGUCAGCAACCCAAACAUGUAGACACGCCCUCACGCAGCCCCUCCUGCUCAGCUUUUGGCCAUCCGGGGGCCCGAAACACACCUUACCACAGUCAACUCGCCCCGUCGUGAUGGUUGACACGCGAUUCCAAUGUGAACUGAGUGAGCGGCGACUGCGCAUUCGACAGUUAGUUACAUUUUCUUGUUUUGCACUUCCCAUUUGUAUUUGCAUGAUGGACACUUGGGUUUUCCUCUUAUUUUGAUGAGCCGUUCGUUAGCGAAGCUGCCGUAUAUGUCACUAACCUCUCACUUGCUCUCUUCAUGUGUGAAGUGCGGAGCUUCUCGACCUGCUCCAUAUGGAACGUGACAAAGACAACUUUUGGCGCGAUGGAAAAUUCAAUUGAACUGAAUAAAUUUUUUGGGGCGCUUACCUUGUUGGGGGUCCCGGGCGAGCUCGACUCUCUUCCAGCUGACUUUGGGCCAGAUGUUGUCAAGUAGACCAUUUCCUGUGGUGGGUCCGCCUCCUUUCCGUGACAUCACACGUGUCGAUUGACCGCGCGACCCGGUUCGGUCGCCGAGCUGACAGGCGGGUCGGUGUUCCGUCCGCGUCUGAGCCGAGCCCGCUGUAAUCCGAGCCCGAUGGAAACUCACACCUGCGCCCCUCUGAAAGUGGCAGAAACCUGAACCGGGUCACCUGACGCCCCGCGAGUCCUCUAGUCAGUCCGCCGGCUGCCCUGCAGCAUGGCCCACAUCUGCAGGAUGCAGCAGGACAGCCCUGCGGGACCGGCACCGGGUGCUAACUGUGUGUGGAUUUCUCUGGUUGCGGGUAAGUGUGAUGUCAUCACUGUGACAUAAACAACUCAUCACCGCUCCUAGAAUGUGAUGUCACGAUUAACAAGCUAUUGUUUAGUUCCACUUGCUGUGACAGAAUCCUCGAGUCUGAUGGCGAAAGCAAAUGGAACUUCGAUCGAGUGCUGCGUGAGGAGUCAAAUAUAUAAUAACUAAUGAUAAAUGAACACAGAAAGGUGCCAACCAUUUGCAUAAACACACAUCUUAUAGUGAUAUGAAAACGUGAGGACAAAAAUGAUGACCUGACAUCUUGUCAAAAGUCAGAAAUCUAUAGAAUAUUGCGCAGAGCAGGUUAUUUGCGACAACAACUUGCCCCAUGAAUGAGAUGUUGAAGUAAUUUCUGAAUUUCAUGUGAAUAUAACAGCAAACCGCAGAGAAUGUUUGGUCGUAUUUAGAGCAAAAAACAACACUAAAUUCCGCGAGGAUUCGUCUUUCAAAAAAAAAAAAAAAAAAUUAUUUUUCUCUCCGUUCUUUUUGGGUGUGAAUUUUCUCUUUUCCGGGGGAGCUUGAAAGCAGCACAGUUGGCUCAGUUUGCUGAUUGGCCCGAGGUCUCCAUGGUAACGAGUUUUUAAAAGAGGAAUUGCGCAAUCUCGUUUUCGUAGUGAUUAUGCUCGUUAAUCCGAGCUAACGUGCUAACAUGCUAACGCGCGAUGACUUGAGGACGGCAAAUGGUUGACGAAA